GCGGCCCGAUCGCAUCGUGCGGAGCUGCGUGUAACCCGGAGACGGCUGGCUGCUCCCCGCUGCCGCCCCACGAGCCGCAAAUACUAUGAACCAGGCCCGUUGGACCGGGAAGAGGACAGACAUGCUCCCGGAGAUCGCCGCCGCUGUGGGUUUCCUCUCCAGCCUCCUAAGGACCCGGGGCUGCGUGAGCGAGCAGAGGCUGAAGGUGUUCAGCGGGGCUCUCCAGGAGGCACUAACAGAGCACUACCAACACCACUGGUUUCCUGAGAAGCCGGCCAAGGGCUCAGGCUACCGCUGUCUCCGCAUUAACCACAGAAUGGACCCCAUCAUCGGCAGGGCAGCCAGCCAGAUCGGACUCAGCCCGCCCCAGCUGCACCGGCUGCUGCCCCGAGAGCUCACCCUGUGGGUGGACCCCUACGAGGUGUCCUACCGCAUUGGGGAGGAUGGCUCCAUCUGCGUCCUGUACGAGGAGACCCCGCUGGUUGCAUCCUAUGGGCUCCUCACCUGCAAGAACCAAAUGAUGCUGGGCAGCAGCAGCCCCUCCAAGAACUACGUGAUGGCCGUCUCCAGCUAGCUCUCCUGCCGCCCCUACCCAGCAUUCUGCUGUACACAUCCUGCCAUGACAACAGGCAACUGCAUACCUCAACCUGGGGAACUGUAUUUUAAAUGAAGAGCUAUUUAUAUAUAUUAUUUUUUUAAGAAAAGGGGAGAGAAAACCUAAAGAUUUUUUUAAGAAAAAAAUCCUUAAAGGGUGCUGCUUGGAAGCAGCCUUCCCAGGUGCCUUUGCAGAGAACUGUUGUGUGCUUGAAUCUGGGAACCCGUGUCUGUCUAUGGGAAGGGGGAGCGGUGAGGGGUGGGCCCGACCACGGUGACGUGGGAGAAGCUUGGCCAGCACCAGGAAGAUGUGAGAGGGAGCAAGCAAGGUUAGCAACUGUGAAUGAGAGAGGUCAGGAUCUGCCCUGAGGGAAGGAGAGAGGCUGAGUUUAAACCUCUCACUCUCCCAACCAGGACACCUAAGUCCCUGGCCCCUCUCUUACUCAGGGGCAUUCAAGCCUGGACUUAACUCAUGUUGCCUAAUCCUCACUUUUAUUUUUCUGAUGAGGUCCUGGGCAGAAAAUGAUUCCUUCUGUCCUAAGCAGCUUUUCUUGAAAUCAUGACUUGUUUCUAAUCCUAUCCUCAGGGGCCUGUAGAUGUUGCUUCCCAGCCAGGAAUCUAAAGCUUUUUGUUUUGUGGGGGUCGAGAAUAAGGCAGGGGUUGGAGGUCACUGGGGUUGGGAUGGAAGGGUUCUCUGCACAAAACCUUUGCCUUGCAAUGUGCUGCUCUCUAUGUGAGUAUGUGUGGUGAAAAACUUGGGGGUGAUUUGCAAUGGAAUUUGAGGACCCAAAGAGUAUCCACUGGGGAUGUGUUUUUGGCCAAAACCCUUUUUGGAACCACAUGCAAGUCCUGAUGCUGCUGCCAUUAUCUCUUUGAGAAGUGGCUCAAAAGCUACAGGGAACUCCUGGUCCUUUAUUACUGCCUUUUUAAAAAGCACAACACUCCUCUCUACCUCUCCCCACUCCUCUCCCUUCUGGUUGUAUCAUGGAGCUACCCAAUUUUCUAGGACAAGAGUUCUCAAUCACUGUGCAAUAUGGCCUCCUAGUCCCAGAAGGGUGUGGAGGAGAACUGGCUCUCAGAACCUCCUGGUGCUCUGGUGGGCUGAGGGAGCCAUCUCUCCCACUGUCCUCGGGACUGUGGCUGGCUGGUCAGCCUUGCAGGUAUCCCUUGGACAAACGGGAGAAAGCCCCAAGUUCUGCAGGACUACUUGGUAUUCUUGUAGGGCUGACACUAAAAACUCAACGUUGGGCAUUGACUCCCGUCCUGUGCUCAGAGCACUUCUGGGAGAGGUUGCUGCCUCUCUCAGUACAAUCCAAAUUUGUCUGUAGACUUGUGCAAUAUUUACUGUUCUGGGUUGGAGAAAAAUGGAAAACUACACUGGGAGGAAAUCCCCAUCCUUCGGUUUCUCAGUGAAAUUAGUGAGGGGUCCUCAGAAGGCCUCGAGUUUCCUGAACAUGAAUCACCCUGAAAAGGACAUAGCUAGAACAUCUAGUCAACCUGGCUACCCUGCUAUUGCCCCUUAAAAAGGAACCUUUCUCCCUGACCCUGAAGUUCCCCUCCCCACUGCAGUCCGCUUUACUGGGUUUAACUACUCAAUUCUUACUCAGAGGUGCUAUUUACCAAACAGUCUCCCAACCCUUUCCUGCCAGUUCUGCCUCCUUUUCAGCUCUCUAGAUCCAAGCUGUUCUCCCAGACCCUGUUUCCAGUCUAUUGCUUUAAAGGCAGCUUGGGGUCUGCAGACCCAAGAGCUUAUUUCCUGGCAUGUGGAUUGAAACAAAGCUGUGAAUCAUUGCAGACUGCAUUGUAGCGUUUUUGUCUGUAAACAGGUCCCUACCUUUUUAGAAGCAGCCUCAUGGUCUCAUGCUUAAUCUUUUCUCUCUUCUUUUUGAUGUUCACUUUAAAAACAACAAAAUGCCCAGAGCUGGACUGUUGAGCAGGCCUGUCUCUCUUAUUAGGUAAAAAUAAAUAAUAGUGCAUUUCUAAGAUAUUCUGACAGAAAAGACAAAGGUUACUAAUUGUAUCAUAGUGUUUUUAUAUGGAAGAAUAUACAGCUUUAUGGACAAAUGUACACCUUUUUUGUUACUUUAAUAAAAAUGUAGCAGAUGAA